CCAUCCUAUAACUAUUUGCUUCAUCAAUAAGAAAGUUAUUAGUGUUAUUAGCCUUUUUGAAAUUGUAACAACGUAUACUGUAUAUACCGUACAGUAUGCUGCAGUAUGCUGUUAGCUUAUUCGAAGAUGAAAUGUCUUUUCGGAAACACUCGCUUUCUUUUUGAAUUGUAACAAAUUAUACUGUAUAUACUGUACAGUGUGCUGUUAGCUUAUUUAAAGAUUAAAAGUCUUUUCGGAAACACUCUCAUUUGCUGUUUUAGAAAGAACGUGGUACUUGAACAAGAAGAAAGCUGCGGCCAUUUUAACAAAUUUGGUAGUUUUACAUUUUAAAAGUUUGAAGAUAUAAUAAUACUAUGCGCUGAUGUAGUUGAAGGCUAGGGCAAGUCAUACCUAUUGAUUGAAGAUAGUUUACUGUGAACUCAUGUGAUCCAAGGUCCAGUUAAUUUAAUACUACAUGUAUUGUUUGAAGAGCUAAUAACUACUGUGUACUGAUGUCAUGUGUUUCAAGGCCCAGUUAAGUUGUUAUUACAUUUGUAUUGAUUGAAGAUAGUUUACUGUGAACUCAUGUGAUCCAAGUUCCAGUUAAUUUAAUACUACAUGUAUUGUACGAAGAUUUAUAACCAAGUACUGAUGUAAUUAAAGGUCCAUUCAAUUUAUAUUAUGUCUCAUAUAAAGAAAAGAAAGGUGCCAUGCACUUUUGUAGUCCAUCAAAAUGGGAAAAAGAAAACAAUAACUAAGUCAUACAAACCUUUAUCAUCAAUUGAUAAAACUGCUGGUGCCAAAAAUGAUAAAGAUGAAACUAUAAAUGCACAGGUGAUGAACAAUGAACCAGAAAGAAAUGGUGAUGUACAGCUGAACAAUGAGCAUGAAACACCUUUUACAGUUGACCCUAAAAAUAAAUAUGCUAAAGCCAAGUUCCAACGUUUAAACCAUUGGUCAGAAUUAUGCAAGAAGCUGGUGUCUGCAGCAAAAGAAAAAGAAGCAGUAGUCGAUUUUAAAUGCCAGGAUUGUGGAAUUGAAAACCUUGAUCUCUACCGAUGCAUAGAUUGUAUAUCUUGGCCAGUUAUAUGUGAAAGUUGUCUGGAAAUUAGGCAUCAAUUUCCACAUUUACAUGUUUUUGAGAAAUGGAUGCAUGGGGCAUUUAUAGGCUAUGCACCUCCAACUAAGCCUUGGAAGAGAAGACAACAUGACAUGUGUACAACUGACUACAUGAAAGAAAUAGUAGUUAUCGAUGAUAAAGGUAGACAACAUCUUAGAAAAAUUCAAUUUUGUUCUUGUGAGGAGGAAGCAAUUACCUUGUUGUCAUACAAUCUGUGGCCUGCCUCACCAAAAACACCUCAUUUAGCCUUCCACAUUGAUUUACUUCGCUGGUUAAAUGGUUUAUUGCUCGAGUGCCAUGUAUCCGUGAAGGGGUUUUGUGAAGCUUUAAAAGCUAGACAACCAAAGUUGUACAAGAUGUUGGUCACAAAAGAGGGAAAAGAAAUUUAUAAGAGUUUAAUGGCAGAAACAAUUCACCAAUUUCGUCAGUUUGUAUACCAAAUGGACUAUUUAACCAAUAAUUUUCCAGAUCUAGAUGAUGGUUGUACCUGUCCAGCUUGUUUUGAGACAGAAACCAGUAUCUUUUGUUUUGAUGCAGACUUUCAGUUGGUUCGGAAAUCUUCAUCUGGUAACCACUGGCUUGAACCAAAACACAAAGAUAAUUUUUUCGUUCAACAGGAAUUGGUAGAUGAUUUCAUAAAGAAAUAUGACACUCCAAAAAUAGAAAAGGAAUGUAGCGAUUUCCAAGCAGGAAAUGACUUAAGAUCCAAAGCAAAAAACAAGAAAUUGUCGGAAACAGCAGUGUUUGGAGCUACCUGUAGACACGAUUACCCUCAGAAGUUUUUAGUUUAAAACAUGGUGAAAAACUGGGAUAUGCUGUUUUUCUGAUAGAACUGCUUUUAAGUGCAAACAAAGACAAACACCUGCACAUCUCGUAUGACAUUGCAUGUUUGUUAAAAAGACAUCUAGAGAAAGCAGGGCGAAACGACAUUUUAGAAAAAAUUACAUUUUCUAUACCAAUUUUCCACUGCUAUGGACACAGUAUUUCAUGUCAAAUUUUGUAUGGACCUAGGAGGACAGAAAAUCAUGGUCUUACAGACGGCGAAGGUAUCGAAAGGUUAUGGUCUUAUUUGGGUGG